GGGAGAUAUAGUCAAGAGAUCCGACAGAUGCACGAGAAAUAUGGACCAAUAAUCAGGAUAAAUCCAGAUGAGCUGCACUGCAAUGACCCACGAUUCAGCGAUGAGAUUUACGCUGGCGGAAAUCGCAUUCGAGACAGGUGGCAGCACCAGCUGAAUACCGGCACUGGACCUGUGCUGCUCAGCGAGUUCUCGACUGCCCCGCACGAGUUACAUCGGAUGCGAAAGGGCGCGUUCGCCCAGUUCUUCUCUCGCCAGCAAGUAUUGAGUCUUGAGAACGAGGUGCAUGAUUUCACACAGCGCACUGUGGACAAGAUGCUGCGCUACGCGAAUAAAGAGCCGUUCGAUGUGAAAGAAGCAUUCAACUGUUUCACUGCGGACAGUGAGUAGCGCUCACGAUUACUUUGACUCCUUUUUCGACAGCGCAUAUAUGAUGAGAUACAUUGCACCGGUCAGAAUGCUUGCGCAGUAUAUCCCCAUGGCAGCUAGUAACUACAUGGGCAAGAAUGUGAAAGAGUUUACCAAAGAGCUGAUGGUGGUGAUCCCCAAAUACAUCCAAGCGGCACUGGACCACCCGGAAAAUGGUAGAGUAUUUGCGGAUAUAAUUGGAUCAGAACUGCUCCCGGAAGAGGAGAAGACCAUGUACCGUCUUUCGGGCGAAGGGUUUGGCCUGUUAGCAGCAGGUACGGAGACUACUGCUGCCACGCUUACUGUCAUUACAUAUUAUCUCCUCGCCCAGCCCACUGCCUAUUCCCGCUUACUAGCAGCUCUGAAGGGUGUAGAUCCAUUAAAUCUCAAGUGGACCGACCUCGAGCAACGCCCGUACUUGUAUGCCGUGAUCCACGAGGCCUUGCGCUUUACCCCUGGCGCCACUCACAGAUCUUCUCGGAUUGCACGCGAUGAGGACUUGGUUUACACGAGCAAAGAUGGCCAGGUCCGAUGGGUCAUUCCCAGGGGUACCCCUAUCGGCAUGACCUCCGUCAUUAACCACAGCAACGAAGAGAUAUUCCCAGACCCGGAUGAGUACACCCCGGAGCGCUGGAUUAAAGAAGGCCAGCCGAACUAUGCGCUGGAGAAAUCUAUAAUCUCAUUUGGAAAAGGGAGUCGGUCGUGCAUUGGGAUGCAGUAUGUAAAGCCCUUACCUUUUAUUGUUUUGGCUUCCAAAAUAUGAUCGUCUUCCAAUUAGACUUGCGUACUGUGAGCUGUUCCUCAUGACAGCUGCCUUAGCGCUGCGUGUCU